GUACUUGAGUUUUGCUAGCAAUUGCACAAAUUAAACCGCUCUUUACGCACUGCAAUGGAUUUAUUUUCUAUCAACGUAUAGAACAAAAACAUGCAAGUAAACGAAAACAAUUAAAAUGUGUUGAAACAAUUUCUGUGUUCCGACCUGCUAAAUAAAUUUGGAAACCUGGCGAUUUGGCUGUGGGUCUGGAAACUCCCGCUGGUAUUUUUCAUUCAUCCGUCUAUUUCCUUAUUUUAUUGUGAAGCGAAUUAAUGCAAUAAUUUAGAAAUCCACGUACUUCUGCAAACAUGGAAUUGGACGUAGUUGCUGACGUUGUGUUUGUUAUCGAAGCCACCGCUGUGAACGGUGCGUACAUGAACGAGCUAAAGAGCAAUUACAUUGUGCCCACUAUUGAACAUUUCACGAAAGGCUGGCAAGUGGACGAUGGUGAAUAUCUCAUCUCCGAGAGACAUGCUACCCAAUAUGGUAUAGUGAUUUACCGCACUGCAGCGAGUUUAUUAGAUCCAGCUGUGUCCACAUAUGGGCCGUUUGUAUGGCCCAAACAGGUAUUGGAGACUAUUGAGCAGCUACCACUGGUUGGGGGCGGUAUGGAUUCAUGUGCAAAUAUGAGUGAAGGGCUAGCUACGGCUCACUGCUGCUUCGAAGAUAUGAAGGAGCGGCGUUCGCGAUUGAUGAUCGAUGCUUUGAAUGUGCAACGUCAUUGCAUACUGAUUUGCAACAGCCCUCCAUAUUCCACACCCGUAAUGGAAUGUUGGAAACACAUGGGCAAAACUGUAGAACAACUGGCUGCUUUGUUUCAUGAGCGAAAAAUUAAUUUCUCUAUUAUAGCGCCACGUAAAAUGCCCGUGUUGUUCAAGUUAUUUAUGAAGGCAGAUGGCGAUCAGCCGGUAGCAGCUAAAAAUUACGCCAAAAAUAUCAGGCAUUUAGUGCUUCUAAAAGGCUAUCAUUUGAAGGAGCGUCCACCAAGCCCGAAUGCGAACACAGUGAAUAUUGGAGGAGGCGGAGUUAUGCCUAAUCAAAUGAUUGGACCAGUUGGCGCUGGUGGAAAUCCGCAGCUGCAACAACAACAGCAGCAACAAGGUGGACCCAUGCAAAUCGAUAACCAGCAAGGUUCUGGUCAGGUAACGCAAGGUCCACCACAUUCGGUUGGUGGCAUGAAUCCAGGCCAACAGCAACAACCUCAACAAGGUCCUAGUGGACCACCGGGUUUAACACCACAACAGCUAAUGCAACAGCAGCAGCAACAACAGCAACAACAGCAGCAACAACAACAGUUUCUAAUGCAACAGCAGCAGCAACAACAGCAGCAACAACAACAGUUUGUUAACCAAAAUCCCAAUCAAAAUCCGAACUUCCAGCCAAAUGUUAAUAUCAAUUCGCAAAAUCGGUGGUUAUUCCAAGCAAACCAACAGCAACAACCAGGUCAGCCACGCCCACCAUUCAUGGGUGGAUCGGGGGGUUUACCGCCAGGUAUGGGACCCGGUGGGCCCAUGGGUGGCCCUCAACAAGGUCCAAUGGGUGGGCCUGGCCAAAAUCCGAAUUCGGCACUCAUUUCACAGUUAAGUGCUCCGCCAAAUCAGACUGUUAAUCCGUUAUUGGCACAACAACAACAGCAAAUGCGCAUUCAAAUGAUCAAUCAGCAUCAACAGCAACAGUUGCAACAAAUGCAACAGCAACAGUUGCAGCAGCAGCAACAACAACAGCAAAACCAAGCCCAGCAGCAACAACAGCAGCAGCAGCAGCAGCAACAAGCUAUGGGUAAUGUUGGCGGAGGUCAGGGACCUAACCAAAACCCACCUGGCGCAGGCCCAGGUCCCGCUAACAUGCAACAGCAAGGCCCAUCCACAUCACAAAACUCCGGUGGUAAUGAUCCUUCUCAGCAUCCCAGAGAUCGUGAGAAGAUUUGGUCUGGCGUACUUGAGUGGAAUGAGAAAACCAAACCAGAUCAACAAAAGGUGACACGUACCCUGCAAUGCAGCGUAGCUACAAAUAUAAAAGAUGGCGAAGCAGAGAUCAAGGCGGAAAAUUGGCCACCGAAAUUGCUUAUGCAGCUUAUGCCCAAACAUCUUGUUGGAAAUAUUGGCGGGCAGUUCCUAAAGGAAUCUAAAAUGGUGGUUUUUAGACCAACGCCCUGUGAGGCGCUUGAUACACUUUCGAAAGUAAUGGCGACUGGUUUCGCUGGAUGUGUACACUUUACCAAUCCCAAUGGACCGGCUUGUGAUAUCAAGGUUCUAAUUCUACUAUACACCCAAGAGAAGAAUGCCUUUCUCGGUUUUAUACCCAACAAUCAGACUAUGUUUGUAGAGCGACUAAGAAAGGUAAUACAACAAAAGCAAAUGGGCCAUGGCCAACAACAGCAACAGCAGCAGCAACAACAACAGCAGCAGCAUCAACAGCAGCAACAACAACAGCACCAACAACAGCAAAUGCAAAAUGCCAUGAAUCAAAUGCAAAAUACUUUGCCUCAGAGUGUGAUGGCGCAGCAGCAACAGCAGCAGAAACCUACACCCAUGGAUGUGCAACAUCAAAUGGAACAGCAGCAGCAGCAGCAACAACAACAGCACCAACAACAGCAAAUGCAAAAUGCCAUGAAUCAAAUGCAAAAUACUUUGCCUCAGAGUGUGAUGGCGCAGCAGCAACAGCAGCAGAAACCUACACCCAUGGAUGUGCAACAUCAAAUGGAACAGCAGCAGCAGCAGCAACAGCAACAACAGCAGCAAAAUUACAAUCAAUAUGCCCAACAAAUGAAUAUGCAAAUGGGUGGCCCCGGCGGUGGACCAGGUGGUCCCAUAAGCCAGGGUGGGGGCCCACCACCUGGUGUCAUCGGCAUGCAGCUCGCUGAUCAGAUGGGUGGGGGCGGUCCAAUGCAACAUCAGCAGCAAAUGACUUUGUUGCAGCAGCAACAACAACAGCAGCAGCAGCAACAGCAACGCAUGCCAAUGAUGGGUGGGCCAAACGCGCAGAUGCAGCAAGUCUCACCACACGCUGCCGCCGCUGCUGCAGCGGCUGCUGCGGCCAUGCAACAACAGCAGCAGCAACAGCAGCAACAACGUAUGGUGCGGCCAAUGAUGAGCAAUAAUCCAGGCUUGCGGUUGCUCCUGCAACAACAGUCUGCGCCUGCGAAUCAAUUUCGGCCACAAAUGGGCGGUGGUGGGGGGCCAGGCGGGCCAGGUGGGCCGGUCGGAGGGCAAAUGGGAGGCGGACCACCAAAUCAGAUGGGGGGCGGCGGCCCCGGUGGAGGUGUGCCAAUGGGCGCCAACCGCCCAUAUGAUGAAAGCAAUUUUGAUUUUAUGUAAGUUGACGAGAAAGUUUCGAUAAAAAUGUAUGUCUUUUUGUUUACGUAUAUGUCGAUGUUAAUGUGCUGUAAGCGGCGGCUUCUACAUUUUAAUAGUUGCUUAAAAAUUGAAAAUGUGUUGCAUUUUAUUUAAUUAAAACCUAAAGCAAAGUAGGAACAAUGUGUUACUAA